ACCCCCAAGUCCAUAUUUGGUGAAUGACGUAACGGGACACCCAGAGAUCCCCUUUAUAACCAUACUGCACCGUGCAGGAGGUGAGAGGCGGAACAGAGAAAAUGCGGGGAAAUAUUUAUAAUGUUUGAGAGUCGGUGAGGCAGAAAACUGGAGACAGUGACUUGGAUAUUAGUUUAAAUCGGCAGAUCUCCACUUCAAAAGACAGAAUGGCUGCUAAAGUAGUUGAUGCCGUGUCCCUUAGCAGUAUUGUAGAUAGUAUUCCUAAAGAUGUGUACAGGGCAGAGGGGAUUGUUUUUAAAGAGGAGGCGGUAGGGGAGGAAGAGCAUGAAGGGAAACCCGAUGAGAGUGAAAGCGGUGACCUUCUGUUCGAGGAGAGAAUCGCACCUGGGCUGCUUCUCCACGGCGACUUGGCGCAGUACGUAGCAACAUUACGCACGCAGCCUGUGGCGUUUAGCGGCAAGUUCUCGGUGGACUCCAGAAGCGCAAGAGGACCGUGGACACCGGGGGACGUUAUCAACGUGGUCAGCGCUGACAUCGCCACCCCGGGACCGGUCACGUUGCCUGGAUCGCAGUCAGAAUCACCCGAGAUUUACGCAGGAGGAGGAGACGCAGCGGAGGCGGGGGACGGCACCAUGGCGCACGGUCAUCCGGACCUCGGUCACAUGUACGCGCCCCCUCACCCUCACUCCCAGCCUCACCCUUCCUAUUCCUGCAGCGGGGACAUGUACCAAGACCAGUCGGCAGGGGGCUACCUGGCGACGUCCACCUGUGCCGUGUCCUACCACCCGUCUCCGUCCUACAACUCUGUGCCCAAACCGACAGUAGACGGCGCCGCGCUGCUGUCCAUCAUGCCUGAGUACGGAGGCUUCUACCAGCAGAGCUGCCAGAGAGAUAUCCAGACGUCUUUCCCCGAGAGGAAAUCCCUCCCGUACCCGCUAGACUCCCUCAGGGUGCCCCCGCCUCUCACCCCUCUCAACACCAUCAGAAACUUUACGCUCGGCGCGCCCUCGCCAGGCGUCGAGGGUCCAAUGGCCGCCGCUUUCCCGAGCCACCAGAACCUCCCUCUCAGGCCGAUCUUGAGACCCAGGAAGUACCCGAACCGUCCGAGCAAGACGCCCGUCCACCAGAGACCGUAUCCGUGCCCGGCGGAGAGCUGCGACCGCCGGUUCUCCAGGUCGGACGAGCUGAGCCGUCACCUGCGCAUCCACACCGGCCACAAACCCUUCCAGUGCCGCAUCUGCAUGAGGAACUUCAGCCGCAGCGACCACCUCACCACCCACAUCCGCACGCACACCGGAGAGAAACCCUUCUCCUGCGACCAGUGCGGGAGAAAGUUCGCCCGGAGUGACGAGAGGAGGAGGCACAUGAAGAUUCACCUCCGCCAGAAGGAGAAAAAGUCCUCUGCGUCCUAAUCCUCACCGCGCACGGCCCGAUGCUGCUGAAUGUAAACUUUUUGAACAUCAACUGGAUCCGCUCCUGCCUCAGUCUGCCUGCCAACAGAGCCCAAAAGGAAGAAUCUCUAUGGAAACCAUAUCAGGGAGAACCAGAGUUCCCAAUCAUAUGUUCAUAUGGUCAUUAUUUAUCACAUGAACAUCAUUCCUCUCUCAUCAGUCACUGUCCAGAUUAUUAACUCACAUGUAUGUCCACACAUUUGAGUAUUAAAUUACAUGAAAUGUAAAGGGAGUUUGGCUUAAAAUACUGUAAAGCUGGUGUCAGUGUGCUCUUUAAAACACAAUAGGUUUCAGAAUGUGCACCUCAAUGUACCCAGCAGCUACAGCUUGCUUCAGUGAUCAGUGGCAAGGCCUUGUGUUUACUGUCUAUGCUUCAUAUUCUCAGGGAUUCAAUUACAAAGUCAGGCUGCUAAUACCAAAAUCCUGCAAGUCAGCUGAGUCUGAGUGAUGCAGGAGGAUUUACUGCUGCUACACUGCCUCCAGCUGCACAAAACCUGUUGAUCAGAGGGGAUUUCUGGACCCUUAUUUAAACUUUUUGCACCAUUUUCCCCCUCAAACACACAGCAGCCUAUUCGCAAAAUCAAAAUCAGUCUAGUUUCACUUGAAAACUACAGUAACGACACAAGAAUAGCUCUUAUAUGCUUUGGUUUUGUAGUGGGAAAACUAUAAGUUAGGAUCUAAUUUAAAUAGUAGCUACAUCAUCUAUGUUCAACACCAUUAAAACAUCAACUCAUGUUAAAGUUAAAUUAGGCUUUGCAGGGUUUACAUGACACAGUUAAUAUUUUGUAUUGUUGUGAUGGCAGAUUAAAUACCACUAAUGAUGCUUUUCUAUCUAAAUGACAGUUUUUAACCUGCAACACUUUUGAAAAGUUGAUGUAAAAAUAAAAACAGACGUCAAACAGUAAUUACAUUCGCUAAUAUUUAAUCUGUUGGGGUAGUCAAAGGAGUUUGAUGUCAAAGUGAUGUCACAGCAUCGCUUGGGUGUGCUGUGACAUCAAAAUCAGGGCGGGGCUAAGGUGGAAACUGGAAAUUUUAUUGGGAUGCAGCAAAAUGAAGCUUUUUUAACCUAUUUUUUUGUAUGGUAUUAGAAAUGUUGAAACGUGUCUGUCAAUAUGUUUCUUUUAUGCACCUGAUGAAGAGCUGAUGUUGGUCGCAGCACAGCUUGAGACUGUAGCCUGAUGAUCUGUCUCCUGGUCUGGUUUGAUGUUAUCUUUGGCUGCUUUCAGGUGUGUGUGCACAGACCAGCAUUCCUACCUGAUGAGUGUGAGAGAAAGAGUCACUGGACAAAUAAAGGUUCUGUUUUUGUGUUUUGUAAUUUUUAUGCAACCAAGUCGAGCACUAAAGCUUUUUUUGUCGAUACAAAUAAAUGUUGACUUGUUGUGGCUGCCUGCUGCUGCUCUUUAUUUUGACUUAUAUUAAAUUGCUUACAAAACAAUCUCA